AUGUCAUUCCCCAUCCAUAUACCCCCCUCCAGAUACCCCUCCAUAUACCCCCUCCAUAUACCCCUCCAGAUUCCCCCACCAGAUACCCCCUCCAGAUACCCCUCCAUACCCCAUCCAGAUACCCCUCCAUAUACCCCCUCCAGAUACUCCUCCAGAUAUCCCUGCAUAUACCCCCUCCAGAUACCCCUCCAUACUUCCUCCAGAUACCCCUCCAUACCCCCUCCAGAUACUCAUCCAGAUACCCCUCCAUACCCCCUCCAGAUACUCCUCCAGAUAUCCCUCCAGAUAUCCCUCCAUAUACCCCCUCCAUACUUCCUCCAGAUACCCCUCCAUACCCCCUCCAGAUACUCAUCCAGAUACCCCUCCAUACCCCCUCCAGAUACCCCUCCAUACCCUCUCCAGAUACCCUCCAUACUCCCUCAAAAUACCCCCUCCAUAUACCCUCCUUACACCCCUCCAGAUACUCCUCCAGAUACCCCUCCAGAUGCCCCCCCAGAUACCCCUCCAUACCCCCUCCAGAUACUCCUCCAGAUACCCCUCCAGAUUCCCCCCCAGAUACCCCUCCAUAUACCCCCCUCCAGAUUCCCCAUCCAUAUACCCCCCUCCAGAUACCCCUCCAUAUACCCCCUCCAUAUACCCCUCCAGAUUCCCCCACCAGAUACCCCCUCCAGAUACCCCUCCAUACCCCACCCAGAUACCCCUCCAGAUACCCCCUCCAUACCCCCUCCAGAUACUCCUCCAGAUAUCCCUCCAUAUACCCCCUCCAGAUACCCCUCCAUACUUCCUCCAGAUACCCCUCCAUACCCCCUCCAGAUACUCAUCCAGAUACCCCCUCCAGAUACCCCUCCAUACCCCCUCCAGAUACUCCUCCAGAUAUCCCUCCAUAUACCCCCUCCAGAUACCCCUCCAUACUUCCUCCAGAUACCCCUCCAUACCCCCUCCAGAUACUCAUCCAGAUACCCCUCCAUACCCCCUUCCAGAUACUCCUCCAGAUAUCCCUACAUAUACCCCCCUCCAGAUACCCCUCCAGAUACCCCCUCCAGAUACUCCUCCAUACCCCCUCCAGAUACUCCUCCAGAUACCCCUCCAUACCCCACUCCAGAUACCCCUCCAGAUACUCCUCCAUAUACCCCUCCAUACCCCCUCCAGAUACUCCUCCAGAUAUCCAUCCAUAUACCCCCCUCCAGAUACCCCUCCAUACCCCCUCCAGAUACUCCUCCAGAUAUUCAUCCAUAUACCCCCCUCCAGAUACCCCUCCAGAUACCCCUCCAUACCCCCUCCAGAUACUCCUCCAGAUAUCCCCCUUCAGAUACCCCUCCAUACCCCCUCCAGAUACCCAUCCAUACCCCCUCCAGAUACUCUCCCAGAUAUCCAUCCAGAUACCCCUCCAGAUACUUCUCCAGAUACCCCUCCAUACCCCCUCCAGAUACCUCUCCAAAUACCUCUCCAGAUACCCCUCCAUACCCCCUUCAGAUACUCCUCCAGAUAUCCCUCCAGAUACCCCUCCAGAUACCCCUCCAUACCCCCUCCAGAUACCUCUCCAGAUAUCCAUCCAUAUACCCCCCUCCAGAUACCCCUCCAGAUACCUCUCCAGAUACCCCUCCAUACCCCCUCAAGAUACUCCUCCAGAUAUCCCUCCACAUACCCCCUCCAGAUAUCCCUCCACAUACCCCCUCCAGAUACUACUCCAGAUAUCCCUCCACAUAA